AAAUUUGAGGCAAAAUGUAAAUGCUAUUGUGCCUGGUACCAUCGAUUCUGGUCACUGCAACGACUUUCGAAACCGGAUAUCGCAAAAGAAUUGACAGCAUGCGAAACUUACCUCAAAAUGGAUGGACGAAAUUUCCAUUGCUGGGAUUAUCGACGACAGGUUGCCCAGUUUGGUGCCCAAUCAGCCGAAGAUGAGCUCAAGUUUUCUAAUCGAUUGAUCAAUGCAAACUUCAGCAAUUAUUCAUCAUGGCACUAUCGUUCAACACUUUUACCAUCUUUAUUCCCAGAUGAAGAACUAACCAUCGAGCGAUCCGUUCUGGAUGAUGAAUAUCGAAAAUUAGAAAAUGCAUUUUUCACCGAUCCCGAGGACCAAAGCGCCUGGAUCUAUGCUGAAUGGCUGCUGCUCUCUGAACCAAAAAGAAAGAAAGGUGGCCUCAGUGAUAUUUGUGUGUUGGGAUUAGUUUUCGAUAUCAACCAUGAUAAAAUGUGUGGAUGUUCUGAUAGCUUUUUAUCAAUCACUUUUAACAGUGCCGUGAAAAUUGCCAAUAUAAAUGAUUUUUUGAUUCUUACAUUAAAAAAUGGUCAACGUUGGACGCCCACAACGGUAACUGUGUCUUUAUUUUCUUCUUACAUUAAGGCGGUGAAUCUGAGCGAUGGCUAUGUAAAUUUUGAUGAAAUUUAUCAUUUCUAUCAUAUCAAAAGGAAGCCAAUCGCUGAAUCUCGACGAGAAAUUAUUGAAAAAUUCAUGGAUAAUUGCGAGAAGCUAUUGAAAGAGCUUGAAUUUGAACGAAAGAGAGAGACAAUGAAGUGGCCGUUGUAUAUGUACACGCUUACUUUGCUGGAGUUGAAGCCAGUGGAAAUGCACGAGAAAAUUUUGCAUAAUCUUGAGCUAUUGGCAAAAGAGAUUGAUGCGCAACGCUGUGGAAUGUAUGAAGAUAUGGCCAGAAAUUUACAAAUCAACGAGAAAUUACGACAGAAAUUUGGCAAUAAACUGCUCAUUGAUACGCUUUUCAAAAAGACAGAUGGCGUUUCCCCUGUUGGAGAAUUGAAUUUGGAAGAUAUGGGAUUGAAAAGGUUUUCGCAAUUCAUAUUUCCAACCAUCCCCUGCAGUCUGAAAUUUACCAAGAAUACCAAAAUCGACCGAGCUAUGCCAUGUUAG